GUGACGGCAGCAGCCCCUGGGACCACAGUCAGCUCCUACAGAGGCGCAGAAGUAGAAUACACCUGGCACAUCACUUCCACAGGCAGAGACGGGCGGAAUUUGCAAGAGCUGUCCUGAAGUGUUGUCGCCAGCUGAGGGCCACCCAUCGCCCCCGCGCCCCCGACAUGGCCCCCGCUCUCGCUCACCGCUUCCCGCCCGCCCUAGCCGCGAAGUACGACCGCAUCCUACAGCAGCUUCUGAAGGAGUUGGGAGAGUUCGAGGUGGACCCUGUACGCCUCACUCCCCUGGGCGUUUGGGAAAGGUACAAUGUGCAGGGGGUGCCGCGGGUGCCGUGGGUGGGGCGGGAGCGGCGUGCCCUCAGCCGCGCCAUGGCCAACUUCCCCCCCGCCGUCAGAACUGUCAUGGCCCAGGUCCUGCGGCCGCUCGAGUCACUCACGCUGGUGGACGUUCAAGAUGGGGGCGGCGUGGCGGGCGUGGGUGAGGGCGUGGAGCUCGCCGUGCUCAUCACCAGGUGGCGGGCGGCGGCGAGGGCGGGGCGGGCACACCUGAGGAGCACCUGGUUCCCCACGUCGCUGGCCGCCAUCCGGGAGGCCACGCUGGCGACCAAUCUGUCCCCCGCCCGCCGCCUCACCGUCAUCCACGCCUUCAAUAACCUGCUGGCCUCAAAGCUGCAGGAGGUGCUGAUCCGGAGCGUAGAGGGCGUGCUGGCGUGGCUGGGCAGCGAGGAGGAGCCGUGGCAGGGGCCCAGGGUGAGGCUGUACCUGGUGCUGGACGAUAACCAGGUUGUGCUUAGCCCCGACCAGGAGGACAUCAUCGACGCCUUCACCGACCUGUUCAAGGAGCUGGACGAGUGUGUGCAGCUGUACCGCGGGACAUGGGACGACCCGCAGCCGCCGAAGGUUCCCAGGUGGCGGCUACGCAUGGCGGAGAAUGACGGGUCCCCAGGAGACGGCGGAAACCCUGUGCCGCCCCUCAGGCCCCUGGAGCCCCGGCGGGAGACCCUGGUGGUGAGCCUGUCCGAGCCUCAGUGGGCGGCCUUCCAUGACGCCCUCGCCGCCACCGUCCACCACCGCUUCGGCUCGGCCAGCACCUUCCUCCACCAGAUAUCCGAGGAGUGGAGUGCAGUGCUGAGCGGAGGAGUGCGGAGUGAGGUGGAGGAGUUUCUACGUCAGGAUGCCCAGCUGGAGGAGUAUGCCGGGAAGGUCCUCCACUUUUCAAGCUAUGUGGAGCAGGCCAGCCACGUGCCCACCUCCACCCUCCUCCACGUCUUCAGGUUGGAGUAUCAGUUCCUGCGGCAGAGUCUCCUGUCUGUGUCUUCGUCCUUCGUGCUGGUGCUGAGAGACCGCCUAGUGGCAGACCAUCGCAAGACCAUAAAGGGCCUCAAUCAAGACUUCGAGACCAUCCACAAGAGGAUUCAGGAGACGCCCAAGUCGACGGAGCAGCUGUUCAAAUUGAUGGAGUACGUGGAGGAGGUGCGGCGCAUCACCAUCCACCGCCUGGCCGAGGAGGUGGCUGCCAUGGUCUCCAAACUGAAGAUAAUACUGGAUGUAGUGCACCUGACCCCAGACGACCUGACCACUACUGCCCUUGUCAUUGUCUGGCCGGCCAAACUGAAGCCUGUAGUGGACCGGGCCGUGGAGUCCCUGGAAGACUUUAAGCAGGAGUUUGAGGAGAGGCUGGUGGAGCGGGCCGGGGAGGUGAGCCACACCCUGAACCGCAUCCAGGAUCUGGUGACGGAGCUGGAGGAGCUGUCCCAGGUGGCGCACGUCAACAAGUACAUUAGAGAGGUGAAGAAACUGGAGGGCCGCCUGGAGAAGGUGAGCAGCCUGGUGACGUGGGUGAACCAGGAGGAAGCGCUCUUCAAGUUCCAGGUCUCCUCCUUCCCCCUGCUCAUGGAACUGAAGGAUUGCCUGGUGCCUUACGAGGAGCUCUUCACCCUUGUUAUGAAGUGGCGGAAGUAUGAGAAGUACUGGAUGGAUGGAGACUUCACCACACUCGACCCUGAAUUCAUUGAUGUGGAGACGGAGGAGCUGACGAGGGAGCUUCUGCGACUACGUAAAGCCUUCAAGACCAAGUUCAAGCAGCAGGCUUUGGAGGGCGACCCAAGGAAGGCACGAAUGAACCUGGACGACCCUAACCCAAACAACCUGCCGGGGCCGCUGCGGGUGUGUGCCCUGGCCCUGGCGCAGAUCAAGGACUUCAAGCAACACCUUCCCCUCGUCUCCGUCCUCUGCAACAAGGGGCUGCGUCCUCGGCACUGGCACAGUCUCAACAAGGCGGCAGGGUUUGAUAUCACACCCAAUGCUGGAACAAGCCUGAGGAAGGUGGUGCAGAUGAAGCUGGGGGGGCUGCUGAAGGAGUUUGAGGUGGUGAGCAGCGGUGCCUCCCGAGAGUACAGCCUCGAGCGCUCCCUGGCCACCAUGAGGGAGAUUUGGAGCACCACCACCCUCGCCAUGGCCCCACACCCGGAGGUGGCGGUGGAGGUGGUGGUGGGGCUGGAGGAGGUGCGGGAGUUGGUGGAGGAUCACCUCAUCACCACGCACACCAUCAAGAACUCACCCUUCGUCGCACCUUUCAAGCAGGAGGUAAAGGAGUGGGAGGCAACCCUGCGCACGGUUCAGCGUUCUCUCGCAGUGUGGCUCAAGGUGCAGACACUGUGGGUGGACCUGACGCCUCUGUUCUUCACCCCAGACCUUCCCCUACAGCUUCCAGAUGAACACAGACUCUUCCUGGAGCUGGACCGCAAGUGGACGGACGUGGCAGCUGAGGCGGUGGCAGUGGAGCAGCUUCUGGACCUUGCUGGGGACACGAGGAAGCUGGAGGAUGUGUCUGGCUGCCUCCAACACCUGGCUGUCCUGCAGAAGGCCGUGCAUGUCUACCUGGAUAACAAGAGGAGAGUGUUUCCCAGACUCUUCUUUCUAUCCAACGAAGAACUCACUGCCCUUUUGUGCGAGCGUGAUCCGUCGGCACUCGAGCAACACCUUCGCAAGUGCUUUGAUGGAGUGUUUUCGCUGCACCUGGAUCUGGAAAACAAUGUGGAGGCCGUGGGCAGCAAGGAGGGUGAGGUGGUGCCCCUGGCGAACAAGCUGGCCACUACGCACGCCUCCAGCAGCAUCGAAAACUGGCUGUUACAGUUUCAGGAGACCCUCACCUAUACCCUGAAGAUGAAGGUGGGCGAGGGGGCAGACACCUGGGGGCGGCGCGGGGGAGGAACCGGUAAUGACCUUGAUGCCCUGCUCCCCCCUUGGCCUCUGCAGGUCAUUCUCACACUGAGGCAUGUCUUCUGGACGGCUGAGGUGCACCAGGCCAUCUGUGGGGGCACCCUCGCCCUGCAGGAGUGCUUAGCCCGGCUGCAGGGUGAGGUGGAGAGGUGCGUGUCCCUGGUGCAGCAGACGUCCCUUGAGGCUGCCCUAUCACCCCCUGCCAGUGGUCCGCUCUCCCCUUCUCCUCCUGUCAGCCCGCGUGCCUCCAUUCCCCCAUCAGCCUCACCCGUGCCCUCACCCAGCCCUGCCUCCCCUUCCUCCACUCCUAUUCCUGGAUCCUCUCCUCCACACCCUCCCCUUGCCUCCACACCUGUUCCUACUGCCGUUGUCUCUGCCGCUGCCCUGAGGAGUGCCCCACGCCGCCACGCCCUCUCCACCCUCAUCCUUGGGGCAGUGUAUGCGAGGGAUGUCCUGCAGGAGAUGGUGGAGCAGGAGGUCACCAGUGAGGAAUCCUUCACCUGGUUGGCUCAGCUCAGACUGUACCUGCGGGAGGCUGAGGUUGAGGCGCAGCUGCUGCACUGUGGGCUGCCGUGGGGCUGGGAGUAUGUGGGUGCCCGGGGGAAGCUGGUGGUGACGCCCCUGACCAGCCGUGCCCACCAUGCCCUCGCCUCGGCCUUCCACGCCCACCUUGGGGGAGCACCAGAGGGCCCUGCUGGCACUGGGAAGACAGAGACAGUGAAGGACUUAGCUCGGUCCCUGGCCAUCAACUGUUUGGUGUUCAACUGUUCUGAUGACCUGGACUACAUCUCCAUGGGACAGUUCUUUUCUGGGAUAGCUGCCUCAGGAAGCUGGGCGUGCUUUGAUGAGUUCAACAGACUGGAGGUCGGGGUGUUGAGUGUUGCGGCGCAGCAAAUCCUGACCCUUGUGACGGCCAGGCGGGAGUGCCGGGACACCUUUGUGCUGGACGGCGGCAAGCCACUCUCCCUGGACCCUCGAGGCUUUCUGGCUGUCACCAUGAACCCAAACUACCCGGGCCGCGUCCCACUCCCGGAUAACCUCAAGAUGCUGCUGCGGCCAGUGUCCAUGAUGGUGGCUGACUACCAGUCCAUUGCCGAGGUGUCCCUGCUGGCUGGGGGCUUCCUGCAUGCACGCCCGCUGGCCACACGACUGGUUGGAGUGAUGGAGCAGGCCUCUCAGAUGCUGGAACCACACAAUCACUAUGACUUUGGCAUGCGGGCGGUCAAAACAGUGUUGCUGGUCGCUGAACGUCUUCGGAUGACUUUCCCAGCGUGGUCAGAAACGGAGGUGGUGGUGCGAGCGCUGAGGCAGGUCAACCACCCCAAGCUGGUGGCCCACGACACACGCACCUUCGAAGACAUACUCUGUGACUUCUUCCUGGAGCUACCGCCAACGCCUCGAGCUCCUCUUGACACCCUCACCUCCUGUAUAGAGAAGGUGUGUGAGGCCGAGGGUCUUCAGCUGAAUGACGAGUUCCUGCAGAAGAUGGUGCAGCUGUACGAGACCCUGAAGGAGCGGCACGGGGUGAUGGUGGUGGGGCCGCCGACCUCCGCCAAGACCACCACCAUCAAGACCCUGGCCAAAGCCCUCAGUCUGCUGGACCCUGAGAGGCCCGUCACCCUGGAGGUCAUCAAUCCCAAGACAGUCACUCCGGCACAGCUGAUUGGCUCCCUCGACCCGGCCUCACGAGAGUGGUCAGAUGGCUUGCUGACGAAGGCUCUAAGGCGAGGGAAGAGGGAGAGGUGCUGGCUGGUCCUUGAUGGUCCUGCUGAUGCCUCGUGGGUGGAAGAUCUCAACACAGCUCUUGAUGACUCCCGCAAGCUGUGCCUACCCUCCGGUGAGACCCUUCCUCUCCCCACUCAGAUGGCCGUCAUCUUUGAGGUCUUGGAUCUGUCCCAGGCCUCCCUAGCCAGUGUGUCUCGGUGCGGUGUGGUGUUUGUGGGCAGCAACACCUUGUCCUGGCCGGCCCUGCUGCACUCCUGGCUCCAUGCCCACUCUGAGGACGCCUGGUGGAAGGAACACACACCCCUCCUCAAGGACCUUGCCACAUGGAUCCUCCCGCCCACCCUUGACUUUGCCCUUCGCCAGUGCUCUUACCUCCUCCCACCCUCAGAGAUCUCCCUCGUACGGUCACUGUUCCCCUUGAUGGACACCAUAGUGCAGGAUGCCAUGCAGGAUGCUGCAGUCUCCCAGAAGGACAGUGCCAAGUUGGGACCAACAUGGACCACCGCUGCCUUCCUCUCAGCCGUCACCUGGUCUCUGGGCGGGGGCCUCACAGCUGCCUCCAAGGACACCUUCAGUGACUUCUUCAGGAGGCUGGCCAUGGGUUACAACCCUGACUUCCCUGCCCCUGCCUCUGUUGGUCAAAUUGGUUGCCCCUACCCAGUGGAGUGCACCGUGUUUGACCUCAUGUUUGAUGCCAAGCAGAGGUCAUUCUGGCGACCCUGGACUGAGGUCAUUAAACACGCUGAGUGUCCCGAGACCACCAACAUCUCCACCAUCCUGGUGCCCACGGUGGAGUCUGCCAGGCUUGAAUACCUGCUUGACGUGUGUGGGCGGGCUGUGGGCGGCGUGCUGGUGGUCGGCGAGGGGGAGAGUGGGCGCAAGGUGACCAUGCAGCAUUACCUCAAAGGCCUCCCCACAGCCUCGGUUGACACGGUGACCUUCCCUGUGACCCCAGCAGCCACAGCCCUCCCUCUUAAGAGUCAGGUGAUGAAACGCCUUGAGGUCCGGCCGAGUGGGGCGUGGGGGGCUAGGGGCGGCAGGCGGCUGGUGGUGCUGGUGGAGGACCUUCACUUGGCGGCUGAGGACCAGCACCGCGCCCGCCCGCUGCAUGAGGCCGUGAGGGAGGCACUGCAGCAGAACACCUGGGUGGAGGAGCAGGGCACAGGACGAAGGGCUCUGGAGGGUAUCACAUGGUUCGGGGGAGUGUCCCUAAAGGCAGGCGGCCAGCUGGAGCCCCGGUGCCAGGCCUCACACAUGGUGGUGACGGCACACUCCCUCCCUCAGGCCACACUCAACCGCAUCUUCACCACGCAGCUCAACAUAUUCCUCAGGAGUGGCGGGUUUGUGCCGGACAUGUUCACAGUGGUGGCGGGCAUUGUGGAAGGAACGAUGACCGUGCUGCGCCACACCCAGGCCUCCACCGCUGCCUCCACCAUUGCCAGCAGCCACCACGUGUUUAACCUCUCCACGGCUGCCCGCGUCAUCCACUCUGUUAGCUUCCUCCGCAAAGAGGCAAUGGAGACCAAGAGACAUUUUGUGAGGCUCUGGGUACACGAGACAUACCGGGAGUUCUGUGACCAGUUGACGGAGGAAUCGGAGGUGGGGCCCAUCUUCACCAUCCUCGUCAACACCAUCCGCUCCAGCUUCAGGGACAAAAUACACGUUAUUUUCGACAAGCUGUGCAACGAGGACGGAUCGGUGACAGAAGCCUGCCUGGAGAGGGCGUGCUGGGGGGUGAUCGGAGCGACGGUGGACACCCCCAUUGCAGAGAGGCGCUACGAGGAGGUGACGGACCUGGGCCAGCUGCAGCACACCAUCACGGCCUUCACACAGCACUACAACACCUGCCACUCAUCGCCCCUCAACCUCGUCACCUUCAAGCACAUGGUGGGACAGGUGGCGCGCAUCUCCCGAGUGCUGGGUCGUGCUGGGGGUCACCUGCUGCUGGUGGGAGCCGGGGGGUCAGGGCGACGGUCCCUCACACGGCUGGCGGCUCAUAUCUGCGGCCACACCCUCCUGCUCCCCGCCAUCACCCCCCACGAUGACUACAGUGAGGUGCGAGAGGCCGUGAAGGAGGCGGUGAUGCGUGCCGGGGUGGACGAGCAGGCGACGGUGGUGGUGGUGGGGGACGCGGCGCUCCACCACCCCUCCGUCCUGCACCUCGUCAACACCCUCAUCCUCACUGGCGACGCGCCAAACAUCCUUUCGCCUGAGGAUCGGUCAUACCUGCGAGAGCGGCUGCGGCUGUUCCUGGAGGGGCGCGAGGUGACGGAGAGUGAGGUGUGGGAGGAGCAGGAGCGGCGGGUGAAGGAGCUGGUGCACAUUGUGGUGACCUGCCUCCCCUCACCCAACCUGCACCACACACUCACCCACUACCCGGCCUUCACCACCCGCGUCACCAUCAACUUCUUCAAGCGUUGGCCGGAGAAGGCGCUGGUGAGGGUCGGGGAGCACUACUUGGAGGAGGUGUCCCUGCGGCGCUCCAUGCGGGACACAGUCAUCUCUGCUGCCACGCUCAUCCACCAGCUGGCCAGGGAGGAGAGCGAGCGAGUGCAGGAGAAGGGCGGCUGGUGUCCCCCCGUCACCCCUUCCUCAUACCUCCACCUUCUGCAGGAGUUCCGUGGCCUCUUCACCUCCCGCCAGGCCACCACCUCCGCCUUUAGGAAGAAGUACCUCUCGGGCCUUGACAAGCUGGCCUUCGCUGCCUCUCAGAUCUCAGUGAUGCAGGAGAUGCUGGCCUCCCUGGGACCACAGAUAGAGGAGGCGGCUGAGGGUGUGUCCAACAUGAUGCAGCUGAUAGAACAGGAGUCUAUGGAGGUGGAGGCACGGCGGAAGCUGGUGGCAAUAGAGGAGGAGGAGGCAGGAGUCCACACAGCCCGGGCACGCCAGCUGCAGGAGGAGUGCCAGGCGGAGCUCAACCAGGCACUCCCGGCCCUCCAUGAGGCGGUGGCGGCCCUCAACACCCUCAAGCCAGCAGACAUCACGGUGGUCAAGAGCAUGAAGAACCCUCCACAGGCCAUUAAGCUGGUCAUGGCUGCUGUCUGCGUCAUGCUGGAGAUAAAACCGGACAAGCUCAAGAACUCCACUGCCAAGGCUACAAUGGACUACUGGGGGCCGAGCAAGAAGCUUCUCGGGGACCUCAGCUUCCUGCAGCAGCUGAGGGACUACGACAAGGACAACAUCCCCGACACCCUCAUGGAGAAGGUCAACAAGGAGUACGUACGUCUGCCUGAGUUUGAGCCGGCGCUGGUGGCCAAGGCGUCCAGCGCUGCCGAGGGCCUCUGCAAGUGGGUGAGGGCCAUGUCUGCCUACCAUGCCAUAGCCAAGGUCGUGGCACCCAAGAGAGAGAGACUGGCAGAGGCUGAGGCUGAGGUGGCUGCCAUGGUGUCCCUGCUGGAGGCCAAGCGGGGGCAGCUGAGAGAGUUGGAGGAGAAGUUGGAGGUGCUGCAGCGAAGGUUCUCUCUCUCAUGCCGGGAGAAGGAGAACCUGGAGGCUGAGCAGCGCCUGUGUGCCCUCAAGCUGCAGCGGGCGAGGAAGCUGAUCAGUGGGCUGGGAGGGGAACAGACCAGGUGGGAGGCUGCGGCUGAAACUGCUGGGGCCGACCUGCUGCGUUUACCUGGCGACACCCUCCUGGCAGCUGCUUCCCUGGCCUACCUGCCGCCACACCUGCCAGAAGUGAGGGAUGAGCUGGUGGGGCGGUGGUGUGCGGGGGUGAGGGAGGCAGGGCUGGAGGUGAGCGAGGGGUUCAGCCUGGUGGGCACCCUCACGCCAGCCCUACACACCCGUGCCUGGGGCCUCGAGGGACUCCCAACAGACUCCUUCUCCCUCCAGAACGCCACCAUCAUCAAACACACCAACAAGUGGCCGCUACUGGUUGACCCAGAUGAGGUCGGGUCACGGUGGAUCCAGCAGCACGAGGCGGCCAACGGACUAGAGGUGGUGUGGCAACAGGACUUCAACAAGCUCGCCAGGGCAGGGUCAGUCCGGGUCAGUCUGCUGGAGGAGGCCGUGACCCGCUGUGUGACCCGGGGACACCCGCUGCUGCUGCUUGACCUCUGUGGUGAUCCGCCGCCUCUGCUCACCAACGUCCUGACCAGAACCAUCACAGAGGAAGGCGGGGUGAAGGUGGUAGCCGUGGGGUCCCUCACUCUACAGUACAACAACAACUUCCGCCUCUACCUCUCCACCCGCCACCCCAGGCCACCCAUCUCCCUGGAGGUCGCCGGGGCUCUCACUGUGGUCAACUUUACAGUGACGGUCCACGGCCUUCACGACCACCUCAGGCAGAUUCUCGUCAGUAAAGAAAGGCCAGAGCUGGAAGAUGAGAGGCAGAAGCUGGUGGUCACAAUGUCGUCCUACCAGAGGGCGCUGCAGGCCACUGAGGAACGCAUCCUUCACACGUUGUCAUCUGUCCAGGGCAAUAUAUUAGAGUCCGAGGAGGCAAUUCUUAUCCUGCAGCAGACCAAGCAAAUGUCCAACGAGAUCAAGAGGAAGCAGGAGCAGUGUGCCGAGACAGAGGCGGCCUUGCUGGAGUGUUGCCGCCAGUACGAGGCCGUGUCCCGCCCCGCCGCCGCCCUCUACAUGACCCUGGCCAGCCUCACCGCCCUUUCCCACAUGUACCAAUACUCCCUCAGCUGGUACAUCACACUCUACAUCUUCAUCAUCGACAACACAGGGAAAAGCUCAGUGCUGGAGCGUCGACUGGGGCUGCUGCGCGAGGCCCUGGUGGGGGGGGUGCAGCGGGCGGUGGUGCGGGGCCUGGCCACCCCCCACCACCUGCCCUUCACCCUCCUUGUGGCUUUCCACACACUCAGAGGCGAGGGAGGUGUGAGCAUCCAGGAGGAGGCAGCACUGUACCACCUCGUAGCCCAGAGCACCAGCACGGCCCCAGCACACCCUGUCUGGCUGCCCCCGCCCCUGCUGCAUGCCUGGCCCGCCCUGCACUACCUCAUGACCCUCCCUGUCUUCCAUGAUCUAGAGGAGAGUCUAAGGGAGCAGAGUGAGGCGUGGGUGAGGCUGGUGGAGAGUCAGGGGCUGCCGGAGAAGAGUGUGUUCCCCCGACCCUGGCACCUCCUCCCUCCCCUGCCAUGGCUCCUGCUUGUCUCGGCCCUCAGGAAAGACAAGGUAACAUGGGCCGUCAAGACCACUGUGGCAGAGGUGAUGGGGAGCCAGUAUGUCGUGCCGCCCCCUCUUGCACUCGGGGAACUCCUGCAGCUGCCCGCCCCCACCAAGGGCCCGGCUCCCCCUCCGCCGCCCACCCGCCACCCGCCACCCCUCCUGCUGGUGACCUCUGCUGGUGUUGAUCCCCUGGAGGAGGUGCGGGUGUUGGGGAUGCCGUUUACCAGUGUGUCCCUCGGGCAGGGCCAGAGUCGGGUGGCAGAGGAGGCGGUGAGGGUGGGGGUGGAGGAGGGGGGUUGGGUGGUGCUCCAGAACCUCCACCACGCCCUGGACUGGCUCCCAUCCCUCGCCAACACCAUCUCCCGCCUCUACAACCCUCCCUCCACCCCGUCAGCAUCCACCACCUCCGGCACCACCACCGCUGCUGCUCCCACCCACACUCGCCCUGCUGCUGCCUCUGCCGCUGCCGCCACCACCCUCCACCCAUCCUUCAGACUCAUCCUGACCACUGAACCAACUCCAAAGUUCCCGGCCUCCCUGCUGCGGGUGGUGGAGAAGGUGUGGGUGGACUGCCCUGCCGACCCCUGCCACGCCCUCCACCAGAACUUCCAAACACUCUUCCGCCACGCCGCACACAUCCACUUCACAGACGAGGAAGAAGAGGAGGAGGCAGCCACAUGGGGUCUGCUGCACGGGUUGGCUGUCUUCCACACCGUCGUGAGUGAGCGAGGGAGACACGGACACCUGGCGUGGACCAACCCUCCGGCCUUCACCUCGGCUGACCUCGUCCUCACAGUUAACAUCGUCACUUCCAGCAUAGAUGAGGGCCAAGAGCUGGAUCUGGAGAGCCUGGAGUACCUGGUUGGACGGGUGAUCUACGGGGGCCGGGUGCUGAGGACGGAGGACCAGCGGGUGAUCAGCAGCAUCCUGAGGGAGGUGUUGAGUCUCUCCCUGGGUCGCCCUGCCCUGGAGGAGCCGCCCCAGCCAGUCCCAGGGGAGGAGCUGGAAUGCCGGGGCCUGGCAGGACUGUUUCCGGAGGUCCUGGGGAAGGUGGAGGAUGUGCAGGACUUCCUAGUGACUGUGACUGGGCUGGAGGACCCUGAGAUCUUUGGGCUGCCAGCUGGCGUACAGCGGUUACAGGAGGAGGAGAGUGGCCAUGCCCUCCUGACGGCCCUGGCCACAGCCGGCGGUGCCCAGGACCCGGCUGGCUCUGUGGAGAGCAGCCUGGCCAAGGAGCUGAUGAAAGUGAAGAAAAUGCUGCCUGAACCUGUGGCGGGGGCCGAGAGGCUGCAGCGCGGCGAGGACGAGGACCUGGUGUUGGUGGUGCGGCGCGAGGCGGAGCACCACAACACUGCCCUGGCCACCAUCACCACCACGCUGCAGGCCGCCAUACACACCACAGCAGCCGGUGGUGGGGACACAAGUGGAGUUGCCGCAGCGGUGGGGGUGGGGCGCACUCCCCCCUGCUGGCUGAAGCUGUAUUCCACACCCGCCCCGCCCCUCCUCAACCACUUCCUGCAGCAGCUUCACGCCAGGACCAGCUUCCUUCAGAGCAUGGUCGAGGGUGGGGCACAGCGCCACUUCCCGCUAGCCGUGUUCCAGUUCCUGCCGGCCUUUCUCACCACCGCCCUCCGAAGAGCCGCCCGCGCCGCCUACCAGCCUCUGCACUACCUCACCUGGUCCUUCCACCUCACAGACCUGCCCCCUGAACCUCUGCCUGACCUCCCUGCUGACCCAUCCCCUGACCCUUCAUCUGAACCUCCUGUUGAGUCACCUGAUGUUCCUGCUGAUCCUCCUCCACCUUCAGAGUCCCCUGCUAAUCAGUCUGAACCCUCUAACCCUCCAGUUGAUCCCCCGUGUGAUCCUACGUCUACCCCUCCCUGUGAAAACCCAACAGAAUCACCUACGGUUGAUUCUACACAGCUAUCUGAUCCACCUACAGACCGCACACCUGCCACACCAACACCACAGAGCAAUGCCUCACAAGACUCCCCCUCCCAAGGCACUGUAGAUGAAGAGCUAGAGGGGGAGAAGGCAGAGGAGGAGGGUCUUCAGGAGGACAAGGAGGAAGAGGAGGAGCAUGUGUGGGCUUGCUGGGGGCAGGAUGGUAACACACGGCUGCUUGCUUCUGGGCUCUGGCUGGUGGGCGCCUCAUGGAAUGCUGAAAGGUAUGAGCUGGAGGAGGCCUCACUGCAGGGGCUUGUAGAGCCCCUCCCUCUGCUCUCCAUGGUGCCCCUGGUGACCCAAGGCAGCACACCUCCACAAGACCACAUCCAGGAAGAGGUCCCAGUAGACUCUGAUGGGUUGGCCUCCCCUGGUGAUGGGUUGGCCUCCCCUGGUGAUGGGUUGGCCUCCCCUGGUGAUGGGUUGGCCUCCCCUGGUGAUGGGUUGGCCUCCCCUGGUAAUGGGUUGGCCUCCCCUGGAGAUGGGUCGGGCAGCUUGGUCAGGUCAUCCCUGGAGAGCGGCUGCCCCUCGCUGGACAUCCAACUCGAGGAAGCUGAGGACAUUGAGGCUGCCAGGGGUGAGGAAGAGGGUGAUGCUGGGCAGUACCUGUGUCCCUUGUACCAGGGUGGCCCCAGCAGCACCCCUGGACCGCCUGUGCUGAUGGUGUCCCUCCCGUCAGGGCCUCAAGGGGCGGACUAUUGGGUGCAGCGGCGGGUGGCCAUUUACCUUAGUCAGCACUGAGAUAACAGCACAGCAGCAGCACUCAGCAUCUGGACCUUGCCAUGCAGCCUUUCACCUCUAUUAACUGGGCAGGCGAGUGGGCAUGUCAUCUCAAUAUGUGCAGCCACCCCGACCCACCCACAGGACAUCAGAUCCCUUGUGAGCCCUCUGAUCUUAUACAUGCAGCUGCUCCUCCCCCUGAAGUGACGUCAGAUCCUUCGGGGGGCCUCUCGUCUUCUUCCCUGUUGUCUGAUUCAUUGACCUGGUAGCUGCAGGGAUCAUGUUUCUUAAAGGCCCCUCUAAGCGAGAAAAAUGAGAAAAAAUCAUCACUCACGCAAACCAUUUCAUAAUAUAUAUCAACGCAUUUGUGAUCAUUUUAUGCAUCAUUUAUUUUGGGGGGGGGUUUAUAUCAUGGCAAAAAUUUGGCCCGUCGCUGGUACACGGUAAAGCCACAAAUUUGGCCCGUCACUGCUAUUGGAUUAAACAUUCAUUCAAGAUAGAGAUGAAUAGGUUUUGUGAGGAGUUUGUGCAAUAUCUGAAAACUUUUAGAUAUGAAAGAAGAGUACUUAAGUUACUGUGUUAGUCAGUCCUGCCUAUGACUUAAACUCCUUCAAGAGGGCUGCAUGAAGACACUUCUCCAACCAAAACUGACUUUCUUCUGGCCACUCAAUUGUUUUCUUUUGCUGGAGUAGAGAUUAGCAGGCUUUUUUUGUGUGUUUUUGUCUUAUUUUUUGCCUUUAAGCUGUUUCCAUUACUGUAAUGAUAAUAACAAUGAUUGCAAAAGUUGGAAUCCGAGAGAUUAGCAAUGUAGCUGAAAAGUGUGUUGAUGCAGUGAAUGAGAAUGGGCAUUACCUUGUGAAUGUGUGUGCUGAGAGGGUCUGCUCCUGCCAAACACCUUUCACCACAAGUUAAUCCACUGUUAUACCAGGGUAAGAGAGAAUGAAAGGAGCUUGAUACAUUAUAUAGCUGUGGGUAAUAGAUGUAGGCUAAAGGUUACGAGAGAAAUGUUGAAUGGUUCUUUAACCCGUCCGCUGUGAUUGGCACGGAUUUCGCCUUCAUUGGUAGCAUGGUAACAUAUACUCUCAGGUCUUUCUCUGCCUCUGUGGUGAAUAGUGGAGUGUUUCCCAUGUGGUAUUGGCAGUGGUGGGCACUGCUAACUGAAAAGUUAGCUUUGCUAACUGGUAAUCCACUAACUAAAAAGUUAGCUUUGCUUAUGCUAAACCACUAAACUGAUAAAUUAGUAUAAGCUAACACUAACCGCUAACAGCUAACUUUUUUUCAAAGAUUUGGAAAUGGAAGAUGCAGUACCCUAGCUAGAAUACCAAAAAGUUUCCCUAAUAAUUGUCCAAUUCCCCUACUUUAAGGCAUAUUUACCCAAAAGUGGAAGCCCUGGAAUUAUUGUGCCAUGUGGCGCAACUGGUGCUGUGACUGCCCACAACAGACAAGAACAAACCUGUAUGAAUUUUUUAGUGGACUUAAAGUUAGCGAAGGAGGAAUUACAUUUUGUGGAAGCUAACUGGUCCAUUAACUGUUUCCAAAGUUAGCAAAAAUGCUAAUCAGCUAACAAAAAGGUUAGCUUCACUAAUUAGUGGUUAGCGGAUUAGCGGAACCGUGCCCACCACUGGGUAUUGGUAUGCUGAAUUUCCCCUCCCAGUUGGUGCAUGACUACAUUUUACUUCAUUGAAAUAUAGCAGCCACUUUUUGCUCCACUCCUGUAUCUUGGUGAUGUCUUAAUUCUUGUAGGAAAUCCGCAUCCAAGGGGUUAAAUGUCAGUUUCAUCACUCCAUCUGCUAAACAUUCUCUACUUAAGGGUCUUUUUAUAUCAGUUACUUCCCAGUCUGUCACAUUUUGUCCAUCUGUUGUCUUCUGUCCUCUCCUCUCUUGACCAUUACCUUUCCGUUAUUGUAAUGGCCUUCAUUAUACCAUCUACUUUUUGGUUUUAUCCAUUUCCAGUUUUUCUUAUCUAUUAUAGCGAUACCCAGCAUCCAUCUCUCCUUCCCUCUUUGGACACAUCUCGGUAUCCUUUCCAGAAACUUAACGUUCAUGUCCAUGUCUCUGACCCACACAUCAUGACAUGGAGGAUGCAGUCACUGUUAACCCUUCGCUCCAAGCACAUAUGAGUUAGGAAUCCCUUCAACAUUUUAACUUGUUUUCUAAAGGGGCUGCAGUAUGUUAUUCCCAGAUCUAGUGCGACAUUUGCUUUAAUCAGUUGUCCCAAGUAAGCAGAUUCCCUUACUGUUUCUUAGGUGACUAUGGGCUUGAUUUAAGCAUAAUUGUUGAACAGUAUUUAAGUCUCUCAGUUUAGUUCUGUUAUCACUUCAUUACUGAUUGCUAAAAAGUAUAGUAUAGUAUAUCUAAAUCUAUCUAUAUAUCUAUCUAGAAUAUAUAUACAAACACAUAGUAAAUGCCUUUUUUCUUCAUUUACAAUUGGUCUUCGAGAAGAAAAUUGAAUACAUAUAAAAAGUGUUAAUAUAUUGCUAAA